GGUGUACACGCGGGUGGAAGAGCAGAUGCCCUAGAUCAUAAGUGCGCUAGCGGCAUUUUUUUUGGGCACCGCAUUUCAUUCUUCAUCGAUUGGCUCAAGCAUUUCAUUGAACCACAAAUGGCUGCGAGUAUUGACAAAAUUCAGCCCAAGAAGAGUAAUGGCUCUCAAAGUCAGGGAACUGUUCCUCCGCCACACAUAGAGAUCGGUAAUUAUCCGCUACUCAAUAGCCCGACGUGUGGUUUGCGUAAAGUGAAUGGCGGAACACAAUCACGAAUAGUGGCCGGAGAUAUGGCAUCAGUGGGUGAGUUCCCGUGGAUGGCAUCCAUUCAAUACGUGGGAAACAACGGCUCUCAACCCCAUACUUUUGUAUGCGGCGGAGCUCUAAUCGCCGACCAAUGGGUUAUAACCGCUAAACACUGUUUUUUAGAAUAUCGUCCGCCGAUUACUCACGUCAACCAAUUUGUUGUCUAUUUGGGAGCCUUUCAUAGAAACGGAAGCACUCAAGAGAUGAGAGAAACGGCAACCGAUUUCUAUUUAUACCCCGAUUAUGAUUUGGCUUUGAUUCGUCUGUCUAGACAUGUGGUGCCAAUCGUCCGAUCGGGAAAUUAUUUGGUGAAUAGUGUUUGUGUGCCUAAAGAAAAGCAAUUAAACUCUGCGCCAGAGUUUGUAUGGAUCUCGGGGUUCGGUGUCAUCGACACUGAGGCACAAUUUCCUACUAUAACCCUUAGGAAAGCAAACUUAGCCAUCGAUUCCUACACCGAUUGCUUGUCGCGUAACUUUGAUAUGCAUUUCAUAUGCGGAACUGAAACCGCUCAAUACCCGUGUUAUGGUGACUCGGGUUCACCUGUGGUUCAAUUUGUGUCCGGGAGAGCGGUGUUAGUUGGCGUGAACAUUGGUGGAAAGGCAGACGCCCAUGAUCAUAAGUGCGGUGGCGGCACUUUUGUUGGGCACCGCAUCUCAUUCUUCAUCGAUUGGCUCAAGCAUUUCAUUGAACCACAAAUAGUUCCGAUCACUGACUCCGGCAAACAGCCUAAGGAAAGUAAUGGCUCUCAAAACAUAAUAACGAUUGAAUGCAUCGAUAAUGACAUUAACUGUGGUUUGAGUCGACUCGAAGGCCAGAAAUUUAUCGUCGGUGGGAGUGAUGUGAGCGCCGGUCGGUUCCCAUUCAUGGCCAGCAUUCAGAAGCCCUCAAACCCGAUGAUAGACCCGAUAGACUGGAAGUGGACACACAGUUGUGGCGCCACUGUUAUCGACAAACGAUGGCUAUUGACAGCCGCGCACUGUCUCGAAGAAAGGCAUGUCCACCCUGAGUCUAAUGAAUUGCGAUUAGUGUUGGGAACAAUUGAUUUGUCGAAAACAGGUCUCACGUAUUCAGUGGACAGGUUUGUCAUCCAUGGCUGUUAUGAUAGCGACAUUAUAAUGAACGACAUCGCACUCAUCCGCACCUCUCAAGACAUUAUUCCUGUAUUGAAUCGGAUGUCAGUCGUGGGCACUGUAUGUCUGCCGGAAUCGGACGCCAAGCCCACAGUCCCAGAACUCUAUGAGUUGGGAUGGGGUCUGAAUGAGACGUACGGCACCCGUACUGCACAAGUCCUACAAAAGGCAAAAACUUAUUUGUUUUCAGAGCAAUACUGUCUUUACGCCGAGUAUUACAGUAAUAUUGGUUUAACUGGUUUUUGGGCUCCUUUGGGUUAUAAGAUAUGCGUUCGUAAUUCAGACACCAGUGCCUGUAAUGGCGACUCCGGGGGACCACUUUUUCAGAUAGUCGAGGGCCGAGCCGUACAGUUAGGCAUCACAUCCCACGGAACAGGAAAUAUAGUAUCCGAUACGUUAGGCUUCCGCUGUUUUCGUAACGAACCGGUGCUUUACACCCGAGUCUCCAAAUAUAUUGAUUGGAUUCAAUCGGUUGUCAAUGAAUACCAGAAUUUAACCCAAAUUCCCGCAAAAUGUUUA